AUGCCGACUUUGAUCAAUGGGCAGACCACCUUGGCGACGAACGCUAUACAGGAAUACCAUGAUGCCAAUGUCACGCCAGAAAGACACGAACACGGCUCCAACGGUCCCGUGUACGUGGCUACUCCCUCCUCCACCGGGCGCCGCUAUCCACUCCGCGAGAAACUCGCUCAGGCCUGGAAGGAAAACAACGUGGAACCACUCCGGGGGCUCGAUGGUAAUGCUGGGUGCCCCGUAGGCCUGGCCGAGCUUGCAGAAAACAGACGUAGGGGGUUGCGUCAGCUCGCGAGCUCGGUAUAUCCCCUGGAUGGCGUGCAUGUCCUGACAAACACCCUCGUUAAGCACAUUCUGAUUGAAGAGAGUGCCACAACGUCGUCGCAGCCCACCGCCGUCGGAAUCGAAACUGCAAAUGGCGAGCAGUACCUGGGAGGUGAGAUUAUUGCUGCUGCAGGGUCCUAUCGCACGCCACAGCUACUCAUGCUCUCUGGCAUUGGGCCGAGUGAGAUCCUCAAUGGCCUCGACAUCCCCGUCGUCCUCGAGAAUCCAGAAGUCGGUCGUAAUCUCUCCGACCACCUCCAGCUCACCCAGUACUGGAGACUCAAGGACCCAUCCGCGGGGUACGCUUUCGGAUCGCCGAGCUUUCCCAAUCACCCGGAGUAUGCCCUCGGUCUACCGGUGGACUGGAUGGUCACCACGGACAUUCCAAAGAACGGCCUCGCCGAGGCUAUCGCAGCGGACAGGGAACAGCCUGCCUCAUCGCAAUCUAGCCACCCGCUGUUGAGAUCCGAACGUUCUGUCAUGGAGCAUCUGGUUGUCUACGUUGCCGCGAGCGCCGCCGAUCCAGCGAUUGUGCACGACGGCUCAGCUUUUCCUCGGCACAGAGACUGGCAAAGCACUCAUCGCCGCCGAGACGCCGCCAGAUGGGUUCGAACCUAUGGGGCUAGACUCUGACGACAAGCACCUGGAUGCGCGUGUGCCCCAUGGAGCGUUGUAUGACAUUCUCCCUUACUUUCAUCUUCUGACAAAGAAAGACUAGCACCCCUCCCGCUCUUACAGCUCCUCCUAGCAUCC